AACGGGCCCCGCGGCGGCGGUGGCGGCAGCCCUGGUUCGGGCUCGGGGAGCAGCAGCCGCGAGGACUCGGCGGAGCGAAGCCCCGCGCCCGCCGCGCCUCGUGCGAGCAUCAUGAAGGACGGCUCCCGGCAGCGGCCCAUGCAGAAGAAGACGGUGUCCUUCAGCACGAUGCCCAACGACCGGAAGAUAAACAGCGCAGCUGCCUGCAUCUCCUUCAUGCUGGAGGGCUGUGAGCUGAAGAAGGUGCGCUCCAACUCCCGUAUGUACAGCCGCUUCUUCGUGCUGGACGCCGACAUGCGCUCCGUGCGCUGGGAACCUUCCAAGAAGGACUCAGAGAAGGCCAAGAUUGAGAUCAAAUCGGUGAAGGAGGUGCGCGUGGGCAAGAAAACGCCCAUCCUGCGCAGCAAUGGCCUCUCUGACCAGUUCCCCGAUGAGUGCGCCUUCUCCAUCAUCUAUGGAGACAACUACGAGUCCCUGGACCUGGUGGCCAGCUCAGCCGACGUGGUGAGCGCCUGGGUGAUGGGGCUGCGGUACCUGCUGUCCUAUGGGAAGCACACGCCCGAGGCCCUGGGGUCUGGCCACCCCAGCCUGCGCACCUCCUGGAUCUCCUCCGUCUUCGACCUCGCUGACCUGGAGAAGUCCGGCCGCAUCCCCGUGUCCCGCGCCGUGCAGCUCAUCAAGGCGCUCAACCCCGGCAUGAAGGUGUCCACCAUUGAGCUGAAAUUCAAGGAGCUGCAGAAGGCCAGCGAGCGUCCCGGCACCGAGGUGGCCUGCGACCUGUUUGUGGAGGCAUACUGCGAGCUCUGCACCCGGCCCGAGAUCUUCUUCCUGCUGGUGCAGUUCUCCAGCAACAAGGAGUACCUGGGCCUGAAGGACCUGCUGACGUUCCUGGAGGUGGAGCAGGGCAUGGAGGGCGUCACGGAGGAGAAGUGCUUGGAGAUCGUCAGCAAGUACGAGCCCUCCAAAGAGGGCCGGGAGAAGGGCUACCUGGCCAUCGACGGCUUCACCCGCUACCUGCUCUCCUCCGACUGCUCCAUCUUCGACCCGCAGCACCGCCGUGUGUGCCAGGACAUGGCGCAGCCUCUCUCCCACUACUACAUCAGCUCUGCCCACAGCGCCUGCCUGCUGGAGGACAACUUCUGGGGCCGCUCGGACAUCAGCGGAUACGUCAGCGCGCUGGGGCUGGGCUGUCGCAGCAUCGAGCUGGUGCUGUGGGACGGCCCCGACGGGGAGCCCGUGGUCUACACCAGCCCCUCGGCCGCCUCCUGCGUGCCCUUCCGCUCCGUGGUGGGGCUGAUCGACCAGCACGCCUUCACCGCCUCCGUCUACCCGCUGAUCCUCUGCCUGGUGGUGCGCUGCUCUGCUGCCCAGCAGCGCCUGGCCGCCCAGUGCCUGCGCAAGACGCUGGGCGAGAAGCUCUACCUGGAGCCGCCUGACCCCGCUGCCUCCUACCUGCCCUCCCCGGAGCGGCUCAAGGGCCGCAUCCUGAUCAAGGGCAAGAAGCUGCCGCCCGGCUGCGAGGACAGCGAGGGGGAGGUGUCGGACGACGAGGAAGGCCGGGAGCUGGCGCGGAGGCUGGGCCAGGAGGACCGCGAGCAGCGGAAGGGGGGGGCCCCACGGCGCGUGCGGCUCAGCCGUGAGCUCUCGGAGCUGGUGAGCCUCUGCCAGGCCGUCCCCUUCCAGGACUUCGAGAGCUCGCGGCGCGGGCAGCGCUACUGGGAGAUGUGCUCCUUCAGCGAGGUGGAGGCGGGCCGCUUCGCCAACGAGUGCCCGGCCGAGCUGGUGAGCUACAACAAGCGCUUCCUCUCCCGCGUCUACCCCAGCCCCAUGCGCAUCGAUGCCAGCAACAUGAACCCACAGGACUUCUGGAAGUGCGGCUGCCAGAUGGUGGCCAUGAACUACCAGACGCCGGGGCUGAUGAUGGACCUCAACGCAGGCUGGUUCCGGCAGAACGGGGCUUGCGGUUACGUCCUCCGCCCCGCCAUCAUGCGGGAGGAGGUCUCCUACUUCAGUGCCAACGCCAAGGACUCCCUGCCCGGGGUGCCCGCACAGCUCCUGCACCUCAAAGUCAUCAGCGGGCAGAACCUGCCCAAGCCAAAGGGCUCGGGGGCCAAGGGGGAGGUGGUGGAGCCCUACGUCUGUGCUGAGAUCCACGGCAUCCCAGCUGACUGCGCGGAGCACCGCACCAAGACGGCCCUGCAGAGCGGGGACAACCCCGUCUUCGAUGAGAGCCUGGAGUUCCAGAUCAACCUGCCCGAGCUGGCUGUGCUGCGCUUCGUCGUGCUGGAUGACGACUACAUCGGGGACGAGUUCAUUGCGCAGUACACCAUCCCCUUCGAGUGCCUGCAGCCUGGCUACCGCCACGUCCCGCUCCAGUCGCUGUCUGGGGAGCCCCUGCCCCACGCCACCCUCUUUGUGCACGUGGCCAUCACCGACCGCCGCGGGGGGGGCAAGGGGCACCGCCGGGGGCUGGCAGGGCGCCGGGGCCGCCGGGUGCGCGAGUAUACGUCCACCAAAGCCACCGGCAUCAAGGCCAUCGAUGAGGUCUUCCGGACGGCCACUCAGCCCCUGCGGGAGGCCACCGACCUGCGGGAGAACGUGCAGAACGCGCUGGUCUCCUUCAAGGAGCUGUGCGGCCUGACGCCCGCCGCCAACAUGAAGCAGUGCAUCCUGACGGUGGCUGCGUGGCUGCUGCACAGUGACAGUGUGCCCAGCGUCACCCUCAACCUGGCUGAGCAGUACCCCCCCAUGGAGGCACAGGGCCCCAUCCCCGACCUGCUGCGCAAGGUCCUCACUGCCUACGAGACGAUGAUCCAGACCAGCCGGACGCUGAUCGAGUCUGCUGACGCAGUGCACAGCAAGCUCAUCCAGGCGCAGCAGGCAGGUAUGGACUUCCACAAGGAGCUGCACCGCAUCGAGGCCAAGGAGGGGCUGCGGGGACGGAAGCUGCAGAAAGCACUGGAGAGCUUUGCCUGGAACAUCACUGUCCUGAAGGGCCAGGCUGAUCUUCUCAAGCAUGCCAAGGCGGAGGCGCUGGACAACCUCUGGCAGAUCCACAACGCUGGGCAGUCCUGUGGCAUCGGCAGGAAUGGUUUGGCCUCUCCAGAGCCGUCCCGGCUGCGCGCACCACUGGAGCCCAUCCCUGAGGCAGAAGGAGGCAGCGAUGCCGCGUCCUGCUGACCCCGGCCUGGGGCUCAGGCAGCCCCCAUGGAGCAGCCUCUGCUGCAGGAACAGGAACUACAGAGCCUGUGUCACGGUUGGGGAUGGGAAUGGGCAGGGUGCUGAGGGGCUGCAGUGGUGCCAACAGUCAUCCACCUGCAGGGCAUUGGGGGGCCCCACUCCUGUCUGCUCCCUUCAGCUUCCCAGGCCUCUUCCAUCUGCUUCCAGAGCGGGUGCUGUGCUGUGGGACCAGGGGGUUGGACUGCUGGCACCUGGCUGUGUGCAUGCACCCCCAGCCUGCUGUGCCACCAGCCCUGUAAGAACUGCCCCUCUGUGGGCUCUGGCUGUCAGGGCUGCAGAUUCUGCCUUUGCCAGCCCUGGAGACUGCCUGCAUAGCUGGAAGGGGUCUGUCCGACCACUGUCCCUUCUCCCAGGGUCUUCCCAGGUGUCCUUGGGUCCCUGCUGUGCAGAGGGGCUGGGAAGGCACCUGUAGGGAAGCUGGCAAUGGGUCGGGGGCAGUGGGACCACUGCAGAGCAGGGCUGCCGGGGGCUGUGUCCUCUGGCGUCAGGGAGCUCAUCCUGGGCUCGUCCCCUGAGCGAGCUCACCGCGGUGUGGGCUGUGGGUCAGGGCUGGUCUGGGGCUGCGGAGCACUCUGUUUAUAAAGUGUGUGAGACCCACGCCGUGCGCUGCUG